AUGAGUGACAGGUUGAUUGGUUCCAAGGGCAAGGAAACCCCCAUUAGAGAGUUUAAUGCUCUCCAGGAUUUGAUAAACGGAGUGGCAAUCCGUGAGAAUGUCUCAAAAGUUAAAACUUUAUCCGUUCCUCAUUCGGUUUCGAAGUUCAAACGGAGGUUUCCCAGUCCAGGAAGAUCAAUAUCUUAA